AUGGCUCCAACUACUGUCCUGAUCACAGGUGCUAAUCGAGGUAUCGGAAAAGGCCUUGUGGCUGCAUACCUGAGAAAGCCGAACAUCACGGUCAUCGCGGCCUGUCGGGAUACUUCACCCGAGAAAACAGAACAUCUGCACUCCUUGCCUCGUGGUACAAAUUGCAAUCUCAUCACUGUAUCCCUCAGUCUUGAUCAGCCCAGCGGCAUCAUCGAGGCGGUUCAGAAACUGCAAGCACAGCACGGAAUCUCACAGAUUGAUGUUGUUGUGGCCAACGCGGGAAUCUGCGAUCACUAUGGACCCCUGAUCGAGAUGACAGACUCCGACUUACAGAAGCACCUGGAUAUUAACACCUUCGGCCCAUUGAGACUAUUCCGAGCCGUGCUUCCCUUCUUACAGGCGAGUCAGCAGCAACCAAGAUUCGUAUAUGUAUCGACGGAACUGGCCAGUCUUGCUGAGCUGGAGCAGAACAAAGCAUCUCUCACGAACGCAUAUGGGAUGUCAAAGGUGGCAGGAAAUUACUUCAUGAGGAGAGCUCAUUUUGAAUAUGAGGACCUCAUUACGUUGGCCGUGGACCCUGGGUUCGUUCAAACCGAUAUGGGAAACCGUGGGGCACGCGCCAAAGGGCUCGAAGUGGCCACGUUGACGGUGGAACAAAGCGUCAACGGUAUUAUUCAAGUGAUCGAACAAGCUACGAAAUCAACUACAUCUGGUCACUUCCUGGGCCACAACGGCGAGCAUGUGCCGUGGUAA